AUGGCUCGCGUUGACGAUCUAACUUCCCGGGAGUCGGUCUUCCCGAACAUGAGAAAUACACUCGCAGGAGAAUCCGGAUCACUCCUACGCCCUAGAAAGCCGAGACCAGGUAUCGAAACUGGGCGCACUGCAUCCUAUCAGAUCUAUUCACGGGAUCACGCCUUCCAAGAUCAGUUUCCCAUUCCUGAUGUUUCCGAGAAUGCGCAGUCUCCUUCCGGUAUCAGGAAGCGCAACUCGAUGUCCUCCAGCAUGUUCGUGCAUGAUACCACAUCGGCCGAUCAACCAUGGAACUUGGAAUCACAGCAGUUGAUGGACUCGGAGAACAAUGCAUCGUCUGAAGGUCUCGACCACCGGUCUCUCAAAAGCAAAUCAAUCAAACCUAAGGUUCAUAUCAAACCGAUUCUGCGAAAGCUUUCCCGGGAUGAUGCGCCGUCAACGUCAAUCGAUUUGUCCCGAUCGUCCACUGAACAGGAUGGAUUGGGUAUUUACAUGAACUUCGAGCGGGAUCGCCAACGCAGCGGGUCCCUGACAGGUGGGACCUUCAAAAGAACACCCUCUGGUCUUCACAAUCGUUCUACUAGCGGGACGUCCCAUGGAUCAGGCUCGAGUGUGAGUAAGCCCGGGUCACAGUAUGUGCAUCCCAUGCGCCAGACUCCCCGAGCGUACACUCCGCCUCUGGGUCAGUCCUAUCAGGAGUCGAGCCACGAUAGCGAAGAACUUGAUGAAAGCCCUGAAUCAGAACCUACCUCUAUCCGCGAAACACGCGCUGCAUCGGGCUCGGCCCUACCCCGGCUUUCUUUGCAGAUUCAGGAUGAUUCAUUCACUCGUCUAUCUGGGGUUUCUCAGACCAAUGUAACCAGUCGGCCGUCCUUCGGAUACUCGCGGGAGACCGAUGGUACUGCAUCCCCAAUGUCCCGAACGUCUCUCGAUUUCGUUUUUCGGACCCGGACCCGGACAAGCACGGAUCCGAUCUCUCGUGCAGCCACGGUCCAAGCUGCCCGUCAGGCGUUCGAGGAAAAGGAAGCCGCCAAGAUCCGUCGACUCGAAAAACAGCAGAUCAAAGCGGAAGAAAGGGGCUCUCGACGACGCUUGAAGCGAAACAUGCCACAAGAAGACCACGAGUCUCCCUUGCAGUCAAGAGAGGAGAUCUCCGAGAAACCCCGAUCCACCGCACAUGGGAACGAAAAACCGUCGGUCUCUUGGAAAUCUCAGUCCAAAAGCACAUGGGUUCUGUUCAUGACGUGGCUUCGGACUCGAGUCUUCAAACUACGACGAAAGAUUCGGAAACUUCAUUGA